AUGAUGGACGACUACGUCAGCGAGUCGGACAGCGACUACACGAGCUACUGGCGCGACUGGUUCAUCUCGUCCCGCGGCAACGAAUACUUUUGCGAAAUCGAUGAGGAGUACCUCACCGACCGGUUCAACCUGACGGGUCUGAACACGGAGGUCCAGUACUACCAGUAUGCGUUGGAUCUGGUGACGGAUGUGUUUGACCUGGAUUGCGAUGAUGAGAUGCGCGAGACGAUUGAGAAGUCGGCGAGGCAUCUGUACGGACUGGUGCAUGCGAGGUAUAUCGUUACGACGAGGGGGUUAGGGAAGAUGCUCGAUAAAUACAAAAAAGCCGAAUUCGGAAAAUGCCCCCGCGUAAACUGCCACUCGCACCCCCUCCUCCCCAUGGGCCUCAGCGACAUCCCCAACCUCAAGCCCGUGAAGCUCUUCUGCGCCCGCUGCGAAGACAUAUACAACCCCAAGUCCAGCCGGCACGCCACCAUCGACGGCGCCUACUUCGGCACCUCGUUCCACAACAUCAUCUUCCAGGUGUAUCCGGCGCUGAUACCGAGCAAGAGCGUGGAGAGGUACGUGCCGCGGGUGUAUGGGUUCAAGGUGCAUGCGUCGGCGGCGCUGGUGCGGUGGCAGUGCGUAAGGAGGGACGAGAUGAGGCGGCGGUUGAGGAAGCUGGAGAUUGAGUCGGGGUUUGGGGGGGAGGAUGAGGAUGACGAUGAGGAGGAGGAGGAGGAGUUUGAGGGGGUGGAUGGGCGGUUGAUGCCGAUGGGGUGA